AUGGCUACCCCUAGUGUCCUCGCUUUUGACGCUGAGGGUCGGGCCAUUGACUUUGACGUCUGGGUAGAUGACCUGCAGCUUUUCCUCCAGCGCGAUAGGGCAGACGGUCUCUCCCUCUUUGACCUCACUUCUAGUGCCUCUCCUGCCCCUGCUGCUCAUGCUGACGCCAGUGUUUGCUCACAGUGGGCCAAACGCGAUGCUGCUGCACGUCUUGUUGUGCGUCGCCACCUACCUACCUCUAAGCGAGCGCACUUUAGCCAGUACAAGAGUGCUCAGACCUUGUACGACGCUGUAGUUGCACGCUACUCCUCCCCUGCCACUGCUGCACUGAGCCGUCUCAUGCUACCGUACCUCUUCCCUGACCUUGCUGCCUUUCCCACAGUAGCUGACCUCAUUACGGGUGUUCCCCCUCCCCCCUUUUGCCCUCUGUUGCCUCUGCUGCUGCGGCCGACCUCGCUGGUUUCCACUCGGUCGGCGCUGCGUCUGCCCCGAGCUGGAGAUGCCGCACCGGCAAGGGCAAGGGGGGCAAGGGCGCUGGAGGGGCUGGCGGGGUUGGCGGAGGUGGCAGUGGCGGCAGUGGAGGGGGUGGGGGUGGUGGUGGGAGUGGUGGCGGGGGUGGAGGUGUCGGUGGCGGCAGUGGAGGCAGAGGCGGAGGCGGCGGUGGCGGUGGGGGCGGAGGUGGCGCAGGUGGCGGCGGGGAAGGAGGCAGCAGCGGAGGAGGCGGAGCUUGUCGGGGUGGCGCUGCGCAGAGGGUCGGCUCCGGUGGUGGCGGCCAAAGCAGCGCUGGGUGGAGUGCGCACCAGCGCUGGUGGUGAUGGAGCAGUACCACUCAAUGGAGCAGUACCACUCAAUGGGCAUUGA